AUGACAACCAGAUCACGUAGUUCCUCAGCAAUAAAUCCUUCGUCCUCUUCAUCGCCAUCAGAUUCGCCGAUUACAUCAACAACUAAUGCACAAAAUAGCAAUUCUGAAUUAAAUGUAAAUACUUCCCCUUUUAAAAUUCCAACACAAAUGACUAAAUCAUCUGGACCAAGCCUUCAUCAAAAAUACAAAGAUCUUUUGAUUUUUGAGGAGAGAUUAAAACAAAAUUUAAGGCAUUUACAAAAACGAAGUAUUAAAUAUGAAG